AUGACUUUCUUGCGCGGUGGUCACUGGUUAGCUGGAACGCAGCUGCUGUUAUGGCUUGCGGUUAUUCUAGCAGCGGUGUUGAUUAGAAAGUUGAAGGCGCAGGGCAUUCCAAUAUUGCCCCACUCCCUCAUAUUCGGUCACAUGCUCAUCGCCGCCGACUUCAGCAAGGAGAAUCCUGCCGACAUCAACUUCACACAAUUCCAGUCAUGGCUAUUCCGCAACUUCAAGCGGUAUUUCGCAGACUUGGUCCACUUACCCCCUGUGGUCUACUUCGACAUUUGGCCAGUUCUGGCCUUUCCUGUAGCCUUUGUGUACAAUACUCGAUCGGCAGCUCAGGCCUUUCAAAUUAAGAACUUGCCAAAACACUCACUCGGGCGCAAUUUCUUGGAUCCGUUGACUCAUCAGAGGGAUCUAUCUACUAUCCACGGUGAAGAAUGGAAGUUCUGGCGCUCAAAGUUCAAUCCGGGUUUCAGUCCUAGGAACAUUACUGCGCUGGUUCCCGAGUUGAUCAAGGAGAUUGAAGUCUUUGUCGAGGUAUUGCGACAAUUGGCCGGGAAAGAUGGUUCCUGGGGACCUGUAUUUCAGCUCGAGAAGAAGACGGUAAACCUGACAUUUGAUGUGAUUAUUUGGGCAAUCCUGAACAAGCGGCUGCACGAACAAACAAACCCAACCAACAGCCCAUUGAAGCGUGCACUGGCAGAUCAAGCCCGCAUCAUGGCCAUAGGCCGACACGCAGGCCAGGUUUUCACAUGGAAACGGAUGCCCUGGCACACCAGGGCCGCUGCACGCAACAACCGCAUCAUGCACGACUUCUUCAUGCCCGAGGUCCAGCGUAUCCUACAUUCCCAAGGCGAGACCUCACAACAAGACAAAAAGACAGCUCUGGGUUUGGCGCUUCAACCCACCACGUAUCCCGAGUUAGACACCGAAAAGACAACUAGCUCUCUCUCCCCCGACACCGAGACUCUCGAAUCCAUAAUGAGCCACCUCAAGAUUCUCAUCUUCGCGGGUUACGAAACCACCGCCGCAGCCGUAUGCUGGAUGUUCAAGCUCCUGCAAGACCAUCCAGACAGUAUGGCCAAGCUGCGGUCCGAACACGACGCCAUUUUCGGGCCCGACCCAGACGACGCAGCCGGGAUUCUGACCCAGUCGCCCCAACUCCUGAAUUCUCUGCAUUACACCACCGCCGUCAUCAAAGAAACCCUCCGUCUCUACCCCCUCGCGGGAUCCCUACGCGAAGGCGAAGCCGGGUUUUGCAUGACGGCCCCGGGAUCAUCGACAGAAUAUCCUACGGAUGGAUUUAUCGUCUGGCAGGGCUCGGCUGGCAUCCAGCGCGACCCGGCGCUGUGGCCGAGAGCGGACGAGUUUGUGCCUGAGCGCUGGCUUGUGAUGGAUACAGAGGAUCCAUUGUAUCCUGUAAAGGAGGCGUGGCGGCCGUUUUCGUGGGCCCCGAGGGUUUGCAUUGGGAUGGAGUUGGCGAUAAGUGAUAUCAAGCUCGUGGCGUCGCUCGUGGCGAGGAGGUUUGACAUUGAGGAGGCUUGGGAUGAGUGGGAUGCUCAACGUGGACCGAACUGCUCAAAGGAUACCGUGGACGGCCAGAGACUGUAUGCAGUCGGCGAGGGGACGGUGCACCCGAAGGAUAAGAUGCCGGUCCACGGUCGAUUGCGCUAGGUAUAAAAAUCAAUUCGGCUAGUUGCAUCAUACUAAUAUGAGAUACCUAGGUAGAGUUCACAACUGUAAAGGUAAGGCGACACGUCAAGUUGCCUGCAGUAUGGAAAUACGAAGUUUCGCAGGUUGUUCGGUAGUGAAUGCUAUAUCUACCAUUGUAGGGGUAUCCUAGAAUAGGUUUCGUACCCAUAGCACCGAAAGAUCGGAAAACA